AGACAUGGAAACGUCUGUUCUUUUGUAUGGGGAGGCAGAGGGAUAUGUUCAAAGUCUGGACAUUUGUACUAUCAAGGAGAUUGGCUCUUCUAGGUAAGUUUAAUAACUAACAAGCUAGCCUAGCUCUACAGUAAGCAUUGCUUGUGCUUGUUAAGUAGCUACAGUCUGGCUAGAGAUAUCUUGUUUAGCUUGUUAGUUACUGUACUGUAGUUGUUACUGUACUGUAACUCCUGAAGCUAGACUAGCAGCAAAUUACAAUCGGUUGUAUAGCUUAUGAUAAUACAAAAAUAGGAGAAUAUGAAUCCUGAUCAAUGUUACACACAUCAUUUUGUCUCUAGUAGUAUUAGCUACCAACAGACAUCUAAAAGCAAGUGUCUUUUUAUUCAUAGGUGGUUUAAACAGCAUGACUAUUUGGAGAAGCUCAACAUGCAGGCUAUUCUGAACGCAUCGGCCGCACAAGAAGAGUUCAUCAAGGAGCUACUUGUGUCACAUGGGAAGAUUCCCAUUCUGGUCCAUGAAAUGAUUCUGGUAGAGAUUUGGAAGCAAAACGUCUUUCCCAUUCUUUGUCAACUUCAGGAUUUUAACCCUAAGAGCACAUUCCCUCUUUACAUGGUGAUUCACCAUGAGGCCACUAUCAUAAAUCUGCUGGAAACUGUCAUGUUUCAUAAGGAUUCCUGCGAAGCAGCAGAUGAUUCUCUCCAUGACCUGGUGGAUUACUGUCACAGGAAACUGACCCUGCUGGUGGGCAGAGCCUCCAGGGGUGACUGCCUGACCCUGGACAAACAGACAGACGUAUCCUCUUUGAAGGAAUUGCAAGAACAAAAUACAGCACUGGAGUUUGAAAUCUCCCUCAAGGCGCUGUCCGUACUGCGCUACAUCACUGACCAUGCAAACAGUAUCAGUGUGAUCAACAGGAUGCUGUGCACCCAUAAUCUGCCGUGUCUGCUGGUACAAAUGGUUGAGCACAGCCCCUGGAGUCGUUACACUUCAGGCAACACUGAAAAGUACAUUGAUGGAAAAUGGCAGAAGAUUCCACCCCAAGACCAUCUCAAGAUGUCAAAGCUGGACGGACAGGUCUGGAUUGCUCUUUACAACCUGUUGUUGAAGGAAGACUGUCAGAGGAAAUAUGACUUUAACAACUUCAACAAGAACCAGCUCCUUAAGCUCCGAGGUUUUCUCACUGAGGUUUUGAUCGACCAGCUGCCCAACUUGGUGGAGCUCCAGCGAUUCCUGGGCCAUCUGGGAGUCACAGACCCUGCUCCUCCUAAAAGAGACUUAGUACUGGAACAGAUUGCUGAGAUGUGGAACAACAUUAUGCGUGACAAUUCUGGGAAGUGGAAAGCCAUUGCCAAGUAUCAGGUGAAGGAAACAUUCAACCCUUCGGAGAGUGUCCUGAGACAGCAAGCACAAAGGUUGGCCCAGACGUAUAAUCUAGAUGUCAUGGAGAAUAUGCUGCCGGACAAGCCCAAAUGUGGGGCCUGUGGGAAGAAGGCUACGAAGAGAUGCUCGCGUUGCCAGGGAGAAUGGUACUGCCACAGAGAGUGCCAGGUGAAGCACUGGCUCAAACACAAAGCAGCCUGCCAGCUCAUGGCUGAGGGCUCAGAGAAGCUGCAGCAGGACCUGGACAUCCAAACCUCAGACUGAGGCGUCCCUGAGACAAGCAUCUGAAAACCUGGGUAUAAGUAGGAGAAAGAAUGAGAGGUCAGAGUACCAGUCUGCACAUGCCCUCCAGAAUGGGACUUCUAUGUUGAGGUUUUUGUGAUUAUCAGGAUUGUUUGGUAACCUAAUGAAGCUGACGGGGUUCUGGACUGCUUAUUAAAUUCGGUUUGUUUUUGGUCUCUGGAUGAAUUGUAACGGCCACUUUCUUUUGAAUGCACAUCUAUGCAAACUGUUUUUUUUUGUCAUGCUUACUAAUAGUCAAACUUGUUAUGGUAAUUUAGAGAAGUACAUUUUUUGAAAGGUCAUUCUGAGAAAAAGCAUAAAUACCUUAGCUGUCAAAUUGAGUUUACAUUGCUUUGAUCUCAGGUUUGAACACUGUGGGAAUGUGUCCAAUCCUCCACCAAAUGAAAUUGCUAUGGUGAUCUCCUGUAUGGUGUGUUUGUCUUUUUGCACAAGAUCCCUGUUGUGAA